AUGUUUAACCAAUUUUUGAAUCAUAUUCGAAAAGUUGAUCAAUUUGGAGUUAUCUUUUAACCUAAAAUCAAAUACUCUACUAAUGAGUACAAGACUGCUAUGGGAGGAAUAAUGUCAAUCAUUCUUUACGGAUUGAGUUUCGGCUAUUUAAUAUAUAGUUUUGUGUAGUAUGGAUAAGGGUCUAUUCUUCCAAAAAUUACAUCUAUUUAAGCCAAGGCAAGCCAAUAGAGCAUAUCUUUUGAGAACGAAUUAAUGUCAUUCAAGAUCAGGCCUGGGGAUGAUAAUUAAAUAAAUCCAUUUGAUCCAACGGCUCUAAUACUUGUACCAUUUGUGCUCCCAUUUUUGAAUAAUGAAAUACCCUUAGGUUAAUAUUUGAACUUUGAAUAAAUUUCAUUUUAAGGAAAUACAAUCUCCAUUCGGAAUUUGAAAUUAUAAUAUGGAGAUCCUUCAUCAGUAGAAACAGAACAAAUAAUUGCAUUUGUAGGAUGCAAACAAGCUGAUAUACAACCACCAUUCGCUUGUGCAAAUGAGAGUAUAAGGAAUAAGUUCUUUUCUUAAUCUAGUAAUGCAAUGAUUGCAACUACUUAAGUAAAUUAAUUCAAUACUGAUAAAAGAACUUUGGAAGAGGUAGGUAAAGAAUAAGUUUUGGCAAUAGUUGAUAAUUCAACAUAUUUUUAAACUACGAAUUUGAAUAUUUAAGAAUCAUCAGUUGAUACAGGAUUUUUAUUGGAAUCAACUGAGAAGUUUGUUUAUGCUACGGAUUAUUAUUUAACAAGUUAACAAAUAGAUUAAUAGUAUUUUAGAAAUACAUUUAAUUAUGAUGCUUAUUUAGUGUUUUAAUUGAGAAUUGGUAAAUUGAAAUAUUAUUAGAGUAUACAAUAUCCAAAAAUUAGUGAAAUUUUAGCAGAUGCAGGUUCAAUUGCAUCCACAAUUUUAUUGUUAUCCUAUUUUGUUAUUCUUUGUAAUUAGACUCUUUUGGAGAAACAAUCUUUGAAUGAUAUAAUUUAGAUCUAUUAUCCAUCAUAUAAGGAUAUAUAGAUUAAGAAGACUUUUUAUGGUUAGAUAAGGGAAGUGAUUUAUAAGGGGAAAAUAUAAGAUUUAGAGAAAUUUAAAUAAUAUUAGAAGGAGUUAUAGGAAAGAGCAGAGAAGAAAUUAACUAUUAUAAAUUAAGUUUAUGAGAUUUCUAGAUUAUAAUUUAUAAUUUAAAAUAUUUUAAGAUCAAAGGAGUAAAUAAGAUAGAGUCAUAAAAUUGGAAUUAAAUUAAAGUAAUUUGAUAUACCUAAAUUGAUAAAUGAAGAGAAUUUAAAUGGAAAUUAAAUAGUAAUUAUAUAAUAUAAUUAGAUACCUCAUUCAUAAUUAAAUUUUUCUACUUCAAAAUUAGUAGUAAUUGAUAGUCAGAGUGAUUCAUUGUAGAAUCUUAAAGUAAAUUAAUAAAAAUAAUAAAAAUAUAGAAAUAAUAAUAGUAGAAUACAAUAGAAGAAUCUAAUGAUGAGAAUCAAUUAAAUGAUGAAGAUUUUGAGAUUCUAAUUUAACCUAAUGAAUUAGAAGAAUGAAAUUAUAUUAAUUAUUAGAAUAAUAUUAUUAGAAAAUAAUUAAUUAAAAUUACACAUGUCCACUUUAUAGUAUGUGAGAGAAAUCAUUAGUAAAUAGAUUUCAACUCUAUCAAAUCCAAUUGGUGAAGAUAAAAAGGCAUUAGGUAAAUGUUAACACUUAUUAAAUUAGAAUCUGAACCAUACCACAAUUUACAAAAGUCAAGUGUAUUAUUAGAAUCCAGGUGUUUCAAUGAUCCUUAAUUAUAAGACAAGAAAUGUAGAUAAAUACUUUCUAAAUUAAUAUAUCUAAUCAAUUAGGUAAUUGCUAAUAUUAAUAUCUAUAUAAUAGGGUGAGAAAUUCAAUGAUCAAGAAUCUUUGAGUUUAUUUUUUGGAAUAACAAAAUUGUUUUCAUCAAAUAAUGUAGAUUUGAGAAGAAUGAUUUAUUUAAUGAUUAAAGUAAUCUAUUAUGAUAUAUUUAUUUUAGGAAUUCAAAGAUGAAAAUUCCAUGUAUGUUGUAAUCAGUUGUUUGGCUAAAGAUAUUACUUCCAAAAAUGAUCUCUUUAGAAUUAAUGCUUUACGUACACUUCCAUAUGUUCUUGAUUAAUCUAAUUUAGUUUAAUUGGAUAGAUAUUUGAAGAAUGUAUAUUCUUAUAUUAUAUUUCAGGCAAUCCUAGAGAAGAGUUAACCAAUUUCUAGUGCUGCUUUAAUAGCUGGUUUAUAAAUUUUUAGAAUAAGUCCUGAUUUUAUAAGAAAGUGGACUAAUGAAGUUGCUGACAGACUCAAUUCCAAAUAUCCAUAAAAUAGUUUCCAUGCAUUAUUAUUACUUCAUGAAAUCAAAAGCAAUGACAAAGUCACAUUCACUAAAAUCUUAACUGGAUUAACUAAAGAAACUCUUGUACCUAUUGCUAACAUGCAAGUAAUUAGAUUCAUAAGAGAAAUACUAAAUACUGAUGAAUUAGAUUAACAAUAUGAAAAAGUAAGUAUCUCUAAUAUAUUUAGUUAUUCAUUGAAUAUCUAUUAAGACAAAUACACAAAUCUUAAGAAAUAGUCAUUUUUGAAGCUUGUAAAGCAUUAUGUGAUUUAAAAUCGCUUUCCAAUAAAGAUCUUUAACCUAUGGUCUAAAUUGUUACUGUAUUCUUAUAAUCAAGCAAUGUGAUCAAUAAGUUUGUGGCACUCAAAAUAUUAAAUAGAUUAAUUUCAAAUCCUAUUAGAAGAUCCCUUAUCACACCCUCAUAAAUUGAACCACUUAUAUAAGAUUCAAAUAAAUCAUUAUCUUCAUUGGCUGUUUCAAUAUUAUUAAAAGUCUGUUAAGAAACAAAUAUUGAAAGACUCUUAAAUUAAAUUUAUGAAUACUUAAAUGAUAUGAGUGAUGAAUUUAAAAUUGAUGUUCUUAGAAGUGUCAAAGCAUUAGCUAAGAAUUCACCAACCAAAUGGAAAUCUAUUAUUAGUUUCCUUCAAUAAACCUUUAAAUGUGAAGCCUCUUAAGAAUUUAAGAAAUAUUCAAUUGAAAUCUUUGAAUUUAUUAUUCAUGAAAUUCCUGAAGCAAGAGAAAAUGCUAUCAUGGCAUUAGCUGAUUACAUAGAGGAUUGCUAAUAAAGUGCACUAUAAUUAAGUGUAUUGAGUAUUCUCAAUAGAGAAGCAUCAAAAAAACAAUGUCCUACAAGAGUGAUUAGGAUUGUAAACAAUAGAUUACAUCUUGAAGAUGCUGAAAUUAGAGCUGCAGCUGUAGGUGUACUAGGCAAAUUCUUACUUCAUUAUCCUAAGGAAAAGACAAACCUUAUUGAAUUAUUAUAAGCUGCUGCCUAGGAUCCUGAUGAAGAAGUUAGAAAUCGUUCUCGAUUUUAUAUUAGUGAAUCUGCAGCACCCAAAGAAGAAAACACUCCAUUAUCUAUAGAAGAAUUAGAUGCGAUUGAAGCCUAUUUAUAAUAAAAUAUUUAGGAAAUUCAACAAUCUAAUGAAGAGGUAUUACAAUUAGAAAAGAUUAUGGCAUAUGCAGAAUAAAAUAAGGGAAAGAUUAAAAAGACUGAAGUAUUAUAAGAAUUAGUGGAAGAGGAAUUGAUUUAAACUCAUGAAUCUGAAUCUGGAUUUGAAACUUACAAGAAAUUAUUUAAGGAAAGUACAAUAUUUUGUGAUUAUGGUGUAUUAAGAAAGUCUUCAAGAGCAUAAAAUUUAACUGAUUCUAAAUGUGAAUAUUUAGUAACAGUUGUUAAACACUUUUUUGAUAAUCAUAUAAUAUUAGAGUAUAAGGUAAAGAAUACAUUAGACAAUGUUACAUUAAGUGAUGUCUCUUUAGAAUUGACAAUAAAGAAUGUGAAUCUUUAAUUUGAAAGAAUUGUACCAGCAAAACAAAUUCAACCAUAAUGUGCUUCUAAUAUAUUAGUAGGAUUAUAAUUUAAUCCAAAUUUGAGAUUAGUAUCAUCUAAUAUUCAAAGUAUAUUAACAUUUACAGUAAAUGAAAAUGGAACCACUUAUUAAGAUGAAUACUAGACUGAAGAUUUUAUCAUUACUUACAGUGAUUUCUUCUUACCUAUAUAAUGGUUUAAGUAAUAUUAUUAAUAAUAAAAAUAGAAAAUUUUAGACUGAAUGGGAAUCUCUAAAAUCACAAGAAAUGUCAGCUACCUAUUAAUUGGAUUAUAAGAAUACUGAUAUUGCAAUAAAAGAAUUAGUAAAACAUUUUGGUAUUUAUUUAAGAUUUAUAAAAUAUAGGAUUUUAAAUUUGUGAUAAUUCUGAUUAAAUACAAACAUAAAAUAAAUUUCAUACUUUAUUACUAUCAGGUAAAUAUUUGGAUGCAAAGAAUGCAUUGGUGAUAUGUUAGAUAGGAUUUUAAUAGAAUAUAGGAUGUGUAUUGAAAAUUAAGUGUAAAUCUGAAGAUGAUAAUUUAAGUACAAACAUUGUUGAAACCCUUGGUUGAUA